AUGAAUUUCUUAGAAUUCGCUAAUAAAUAUAAAAAAUUAAUUCCAAAACUCACACCAGAAGUCAACAAAGCAUUUCAAAUAAGCGAUAAGCUGAGCUAUAUUGUUAAUGUGUCAAAAGAACCUCUGAACCUCCUUAUAGUGUUUUUUAAAGAUGAUAAUAAUGAAAAAAACGAAGAUAAAAAAUUUGCGAAACUUUUGAUAUAUUUGAAGAUAGCUAUUAUCAUUCCAUCAAAAAGAGAAAUUGUUGUAUAUCAUAAAGUCGGCCUUCUCCUUCUAUUCGAAAAGAGAGUCUUAUUCGUUGAAAAUCCUUUUAGUUACCUUGAAUACCUGGGUGAUCUGGAUACCUG